UCACCUUAGGCGAACCGUCGGGCAUGUAAACACGGGCUUCACGUGAGGUCCUUUUGGGGGAAAACGAAGGAAACAAAACCACGAGAAGCUGUCCUAAAAUCUGGAGGAAAGCGAAAGGUUCUAGAAUUUGGUAACAAAAUCACAGCAAAAGAAACAAAAAUGUUGACACCAAAGUUUGAGGUGAAACAAGAUGAAAAGCAUAUAAUCAUUACAGUGUUUGCUCCUUAUGCAAGAAUUUCUGAUGCUGAAGUCAAUAUUGAUGAAGAUACAUUCACAUUUUAUUCCUCUCCAUAUUAUCUAAGACUCACCUUCUCAGGGAAGCUGACUGAUAGUGAAUUAGAGAGAUACACAGCUAAGUUUGAUGCUGACCAAGGAGCUUUUGUGAUCCAGUGUGAGAAGCAGGUCCCAGGGGAGCAUUUUACUAACCUGGAUAUGCUGACCACCUUAUUAGCACCUCAAGGAGCAUCAAGUGUUAAGAAGCCUCUGAUUGAAGUUGUUGGUGGGGAUGAUGAUGAAGCAGGCAAUGAUGAUGAGGAAGAAAACAUUGACUGGUUUCUUGAGCAAACGCUCCCUGAUGAAAAUGUGGUUACAGCAGGACAUAAGUAUGGUUUUGCCAACAAGGACACAGGUGUCUUUACUGCACUACAGAGUGAGUUGAAGGGUGUCAUUGAUAUAUCAGACCCAGACAACAAAUCAGCCAGUGCUCGAAGGAAGGAACGCAUUGCCAGUGAGCAGAGUGUUUUUGAUGAGGACCACUAUCUCGCAGAUUACUUUGAGAUGGAUUCAGUCCGAGAGUACCUUGAGUUUAUACCUGAAUUUUACAGCGUUACCUCAGAUGAAGUGGAAUUAGGUGAGGUAGAUAAAGAAGAUCUUCUUAAGCUUCCACGGAAAGAGCAUCUGUUGGAUAAAGGAUCCAAAUCCAUAGUUUAUCUUGGACUUGUGGACAUUCUGUAUAGUUGGUGCUACAACCAUAGGAUAACGCUGGGAGAGAACUGUCCUGAGUCAGCGUGGAACAUUGCAAAACUAAGUGCUACUCUCUCAUGGCUUGAUUCGUUUACACACUUGAAGGAUGUUGUCACCAGUUGCAUGUGUCGGUCACUCGUAUAUCCUCUAAUAAGAAAUUGGCAGUUGUCUAAGGAAGUUUUGAAAGACACUAUCCAAAUUUUGUCUCUAGGAAGAAAAAAAGUGUUACACUGUCUUCUUGAAAUUCAAAGAGAAUUCAAUAAUUCAGAGCCAAGAUAUCUCCUCAACCAGCUUUAUAUCACAGACUACUGCACCUGGAUUCAGACAGUGAAGAAUGAGAAGUUGAUAAGUUUGGCAGAUUCUCUAAAAAAGGUAAAUAUAGCCAAGAAAGAUAUUGGCCUUGAUCUGGAAGAUUUAGAGGCUGCUGCUCACCUUGUCCUGGAGGAGGAAAGUGCCGAUAGCCCCGUUGACAACAUGAAUAAUCUGGCUACGCAGAUGGGAGACAUGACCAUCAUAGAAAAUGGAGCAGCUCUGGGGGUCAAUGAAAAUGAAUUUGAUGAGAGUGCUGAUAUAUUAAAUAACCAGAGAAGAUCAAACCUCAUACAUAUAAGUGACAGUGACUCAUCUAGUAGUGACAGUGACAGCGAUGAGGAUAGUGACGAUGACACUGACACUAGCGACUCCAGUGAUGAGGACUCAAGUGACGACUCAGACCAAGACGAAUCAACUUCUGAUUCCUCUGAUUUGGAUUCUGACGAUGACACUUUGUCCGAGAGUGAAGAAUCUUAGCUGUUGACGUUGUGAUUGGCAAGUUUUUCAGAAAUUUUCCAUGUGUUAAAAAGAAACAGGAAUAGUAAUAAAGUCUUAAUUGAUCAUAUUUACAUAAUUCUUUCAAUAAUGGGCCACAGGAUAAAUGCCACUACCUAGAAAUCUUUCAGACAUGGGAAUACAUUGAAUGCUUUCUGUUGCAUGCUAGUUGUAGUAAGAAUUUAGUGUAACUUUUUAAAAACAUGCAUGCAUAUAAACAAGCAAAUAAAUAAGGGUAAAGUAUAUGAAUAUAUAAAAUAUUUGUGCAUGAAUGGGUCUAGAAAUGGCAAAGGUUGGAAAUCAAAAUACAUGAAGAGAUUAACUUCCCAAAUUUAUGGCCUGUAUAUAGAGUCAUUAUUACAGGAAGUAUUAAGGUUUUUGCAUAUGUAAAUGCACAAUAGCAUUCUUGAAUUAUGUAUUGCAGAAGAAAACUUGAGCUUUUCAACCUUUAGUCAUAGUGUAACGGGUAUAAUCCAUUAACCUUUAAAAACUGGAGAAGCACUUUCCUUCUGGGUGUGUCAAUACAGAUUUUAAAAAAUAAUAAUUACUUUUAACCUUUUAGAUACAGGUGCUUUGCCUCAUGCCUGCCUUACUUGAGUGGGCACUCUGACGGGUGAGUGGCUUCUUUGCCAUUUUCCAAUUUCUAUAUUUGUCAUUUGAUUUGCUUUAUCCAGAUGGUAAUACACUGUUUUCCUUGCACAGUCUCCAGUAACUCAGUGCAAUAAUAAUAACAAGUAGCAACAUUUUGUUAUUUUUUUAAAAUUCAUAAUAUCCAGUUUUAUUUAAUACAACCUAUGCCACCGGUCACAGUGGGCAGGAGUAGUUUCCUGAGCUUGCAAGUAGCAUCUUCCCUGAAGUCCUAUCACCCUCCAAGAGCUUUGUGUGCAUGGCGAAUCAGUCCCAUCAUCCGGGCCUUUAACCAAAAUUCCCAUGACGCCAUGUUCCUGUCAAACUGACUCUCAGCCAAUAUUUUCUAUGACAGCACUUUCAUGUCACUUACCUCUCAAGCCAAUUUUUUUCAUGGUAUGAUGGUCACAUCAUCCAGAUCAUAGGGUUGAUAAGGUGUCCAUAAACACUCAAAUACUACAAGUUGACAACUGACAGAUAGGAUUUCCACUGAACUCUGAGAGAUGGAGCUGAUGCUGCUGAGCCACAAGACCAGCAGUGGUGAAUAGCAGCAAUAUUUAUUAUUACCAUCGCAACAUCAUGCUUCAUUCAAUAUUGAAAAAUAUUUAUAAAUAAGAAGAUAUAGUAGGGGUCAUAUUAAUUUUUAUUAAGACUUAACACAGAAAAAUUAGGUGAUGUAUGAAAGGGUACCAUUCUUAUUAAAACCACCUGUAAUAUAAACUCACUGGAUCUUGUGCAUCACGGCAAUCACAUGGCCUAAAAUACAAGCAUUAUGUGAGCGGCCACUCUGAUGAGUGUGCAGCUUCUAGGCAGGGUGUAAGCAAACAUUUGCAUGCAGUGAUAAGACUUUAUGCUUCCCCUUUCCAAUGUUAUUUUCUCUUUUUAGGCAUAAGCCAUUUUCCAGUGUCCAUAUCUGUCAUUUCACUUGCUUUUUCCAGAUUUGAAUAGACUGUUUUACUUGCACAAACUCCUUAUCAUAUCUCUUGGUAGUCCAUAACUCAGUGCAAGAAAAAUAACCCACAGUCAGAUUUUCCCAUGACAGUAUGUUCACAUCACCCCAGCCCUCAAGUCAAAAAUUUUCAUGAUGUAAUGGUCACAUCAUCUGGACCAAAGGGAUAAGGGUAAAACUUAUUUUUGAUUAACAGUAAUAUUCAAGCAGACUAAUAUUACUGUGUAACUGGAAUCAGUAUACCAGGUGACAACAUCCUGUCAGCAUCUACAGAGCUGCAACCUGCAGAUUCCAGUGCACACUCAAGGCACCAAGUAAUUUGCCACCCCCCCCCCCCCUUUUUAGUGUGUGUGUGUGUGUGUGUGUGUGUGUGCGUGCGUGCGUGCGUGCGUGCGUGCGUGCGUGCGUGCGUGCGUGCGUGCGUGCGUGCGUGCGUGCGUGCGUGUGUGCGUGCGUGCGUGCGUGCGUGCGUGUGUGCGUGGGUGGGUGUGUGUGUGAGAGAGUGACAUGCAUGCUUAUGCCAAAAAAUAUCUAGGAGCUGUUAAACUUUUUCACAAAAACUACUCAGAAUAGCAAUACAUUAAAAAAUAAACUUUGGUUUUGAUAUCAUAAGUUAAUACUUCUACUCAUGAUAGCAUACAGUGAAUAUUAGAGCAAUUACGUAGUGGCUGUAUUUUGGCAUGAAAAAUUGAUAUAUGAAAGCAAAAAUUGAUCAAAGUCUUUAAAGACAGUUUCCCAAAUGAGCUGAGGUGCUUCCAUAAACAAACAAAAAAAUAUAUAUAUAAUAAUAAGAUACUUGCACAAGUUGCAGUCACUUUCAUACACAAAAUUUACAAUGGAAUCCAUCAAAGUUUCAUCUAUAACUUCCUUUUCCACUUGCAUAGUUUUUUAAGAAAUAUGGUACCACCUUUCUUGAGGAGAAACUAAUCUCGAUUUUUAUGAGACAAUACCAUGGGCUUUCAUGAAAAAUAGGUCUUCAUACAGAAAACUUUUACAUAGCAAAGGAAGUGAAGAUAAACUUUACAAACACUGAGAAAAUAUAGUAAAUCUGUGCCACAUAUAUUCAGGAGCAAAACUUCAAACCCACAUUCACAUUUGAACAUACUAACAAGUAAGCACAAGUUGUAAAUAUUUUCUCAUACACAGUGAUGACCAUAUCCUGCAACUUUUGGAUUACUUCCUCUGCAUCUUGGAUGAAAUGUCUAGAUUGUACAGAAUCUGCCCGGAGAAUAGUUGUUCUGGUAUUGUAGUCAGGAUUUUAAAUGUAAUAAGAGUUCAAAAUGGAGAUCAUAACAAAGCAAAAAUGUUUAGAAAAUAUGUUAUAACCUCAUUAUAGCUAAAUCUAUGUUUUAUCUCGCAGAAUCUCAGUGUGAUAAUCAAUAAUCCCAGUAUAAUGUAAAAUAUGAAGAUACUACAAGUCCAUGUUUUAUUGCUUGUGACUCUAGUAAUUUCAAAAUGGUGUUCUUGAUGUAUGCUAAUUGCAGUACCUUGUUUCUAAAUUUUACUGGGUGAAUUUUCUCUUUUGUGAUUUAUUAAUUAUGAUUAUAUUGAAACAAAGUGUAUUGGAACAUUUUAUUUCAUUUGCAAAAACUGACUGCUUAUAGGUCUAAAGCAUUACAUUUUCAAUAUGAUUAUAGUUAAACUGAAACAAAGCACAUCUUGUAUAAAAAAAGAAAAAGAAAAUGGCAGCUCAUAGGCUAGUACAUUACAGUUUAUAAUACAAGUACUCAAACUAAAAUUAGAUUUACUCCAUAUGUUAGAGUAAAAAAAAGCUGUAACACCACACAACAAAGUUUAGUUUGAGUUUCAGCUCUGUCACAAGAAACAAUUGAAAAAAAGUAGUAAUAUAUACACAUUUUCAUAAAUAUAUAAAUAUCAGUUUUCUUGUGUGUUUUAGGUGUUAGGGCAUGAGUGUAUUAUAUUCAUCCACUCCUUUUUAGGUACUUUAGGUGGUGUUGCACAUAAUAUGCAUGCAGUAUGAAGUGGUAUCAUAUAUAAUGCACCCAUAACUGUGAUAUCUGAGUAGGUAUUUGCUCAUCAAAUUAUACGAAAGGUUUUAGAACUUACAUAGUAUAGUACGCUGGUUAAAAUGAUGGUGCCAAGUUUUUUAUUAUAUUCUUUUUUUUAUGAAAUAUGUAUGUCAUGUACCAGUUGGCACCAGGAUACUGCAACUAAUGUAAACAUUAAAAUAAUGCUCAUUUUACUAUUAUUGUGAUUGUUGUUGGUUUUUUAACAUUAUUUUUUAUCUUAUUCUCAAGUGAACCUUGUGAUAUUUCGAAAUACAGUAUUAUUGACUGCAGGAAGCUUGAGUUAUAAGAAAGUGGGUUACCUUCUGGAAAUAUAUUCUGUUAUUUCAAGCUUUAAUUCUGUCUAUAUAAAAAAUAUUACAUAUUUAUCAAAAUUUCAUAUAUUAUGUAACAAGUUUUUUUCAGUUCUUACAUUAUAUCUGAGAUGGUGCUUCUCAGUGUGUCUUUUAACAUGUGGAAAAGAACAUUUGCUUGUUCUUAUUCAUAUCCAGUUGUAAAUACAAAUACUGUCAGGUACUAUGCAGCAUUCCCAAUAUAUAUUUUUUUUUUCAGUAGUUCUAGUCUGAUUUAGACUGAUGAUGAAAACAAACCUAGUUCAGUAAGUGCUUCCCCUUCAAGACUUGCCAAAACAAUUGACAUUUCUAUAAGGGACUUUGCUCCUAAACAUAAUAUGCAGGAAGAUUUUUGACAACUGGUGCUACAAAAAAUAUUGGUUUAGAAUUUUAUGAGGGUUACUCACAUUUACCAGUAAGAGAGUACAUUCUUACGAAGUUUAACUUUAGAUUCAGUAUAUUGUAAACAUAGCUUGUUAAAGUUACUAUUUUUCUUUUUUUUCUGUUAGUAUCUUUGAAACUGUUUUGUACUUAAUUACCUUCUAUGAAGUGCAGUGCUUGAAGUUUUUAGUUAUCUUUAUAAAAAUAAUAAGUAUGGAAAAAUAUAUUUUUUAUGUUCUUUGUACUUUAAUAAUGUGACUAAUGAUAUUUCACAAGUCUUUUCUAUUUACAUUGUAAACAUAUAGUAGAUCUUUAUUAACAGGGAUAUCAUACAAUUUCAGUGUUAAUCAUAUUACUAUAUCUGUUUUGGUAAACAAGCAGCUAUAUACUGUAUGUGGAUAUUAUAAAAUCUCAAGCAUA